AUGCUUCGAAAGACUAAGAAUUAUCAGAAUAACUAUGCACCAAGGGUGGUUUCCGUUGGUCCAUAUCACCAUGAUCAUAACAACCUCAAGCUUCAACGAAUGCAAGAGCUCAAGCCUCGAAUCACAAGUAAGCUGGUCUCAGAUGACCAACAGUUGCUUGAAGACUUACACAAGCAGCUUUCCCAGAAGGUCAAGCAAUUGAUAGAUUGCUAUGAAGAGAAAUCAACAAAUGAAUACAAUGACGAUGAAUUCAUAAGGAUGAUGCUCGUGGAUGGUUGCUUUAUUUUGUAUUUCAUUAACUAUGUCACAGAGCGAAAAGAACUUAUUAAUGACCAAAGAAUAUAUGCACAAGGUUACACGAUGAAAAUGAUUGAUAUGUUCAUCGCCGAUAGCAUUAUGGCACCAAAUGUAGGCAAGAAUGUUGAAGAGCUAUGUCCAUUGCAUCUUCUAGAUGUUCUGCACAAAAGACUUGUAGGUUGCAAACAUGUUGAACUUUGUGUAUCAAAUCGAUACACUUUUCGCAAUGUUGAGGAGCUCAUUGAUAUGGGGAUCCAUGUUAAGAAGAACAAGAAGAGUAGUUGCUUGACAGAUAUUAACUUUAGUUCAUUUUGUAACUUUGGGAGGCUUGAACUUCCUACAAUAACAGUUGAUGACUCAACUAAAGCAAAGUUCUUGAACUUGAUAGCCUAUGAAAUGUGUGGAGAUACCCCAAACAAUCUCUGGGUGACCUCUUACAUUUGUUUUCUUGAUUCACUUAUUGAUAAUCCAAACGAUGUUACGGAGUUGAGAUCGGCUAAUAUACUACAAAAUUGUCUUGGUAGUGAUGUUGAAGUAGCUACUCUCUUCAAUAAGAUAGGCAAAGAUUUGGUGCCACACCCUUGUGCCUACGAAAGUGUGAAAAAGGAGAUUCAAAGUCACUAUGAUAACAGAGGGAAGGCUUUUAUUGCUCAGUUCAAGCACAGAUACUUUAAGAGCCCGUGGAGCUUUCUUGCUUUAUUAGGUGCAUUAUUAGCUCUAGUUUUAGUGGCAUUCAAGCUAGCUACCAAAUUUGGCCUCAAGGAAGCAAAUGUGAUAGUGUUUGCAAGUAUAUCAAAAUCGCUUGGCACAUAUGAGGUGAGCUCAUUUCUUGUUGUUCAGGGGGAUCAACAGAGGAUACUCUUUGUUUCUGCUUCUAUUCUUCAUUAUUAG